CCACAAAUCCGCGGAUAUGCCUGCACAUGUCAUGUUUGCAUGAUGGUUAUUGCACCGAUAUUGCUGCCGCCCGAGGCACACCGUGCGACGAUCCUUCUCUGAACAAGUGGUGCAAAGAUGGAAAGUGUGUCGCUAAAGGAACAUCAGCAGAUAUAGACUUUAUUUCAACCACGACGACCACGACGACUGAGCCAACCACAACCCUGUCCGGCAUACCGGAAGGCUGCACCAACACAGACUGGUACUUCUGGUCGUGUGAACAACUGAGCACCUACUUUAAGGACAACUUAAACUACGAUCCGGAAAAAUGGUGCCUCGAUCCAUCAUGGCAGGACAGAUGCUGCGGCAUGUGCUAUGAAAACGGAAUUUACUACAAGAAAUAAUCGCGAAAACCGGAACUUUGACACGGACAAUACAGAUUUCUUUCAAUGGUUUACUCUUUUUUCGUUCUUUGACAAAUAUUAAUAUUUACAUAUUUUAUAUUCUAAUAAACAUAGCAUCUUCGAAUUUCUUA